AAAAAAACAAAAAAUCGAAGGAAAAGAAAAGAGAAAAAAAUAGAGAGAGAGAGAGAGAGAGAGAGAGAAAGAGAAAAUAAAAAGAAGAAGAAGAAGAAGAAGAAAAAGAAAGAAAGGAAAAAAGAAAAAAGAAUAGGAAAAAAGAUAAAACGAGGGAGACGCGGUAUAAGAGUGAGUGAGAGAAAGAGAUAGAGAAAAAGGGAGAGAGAGAGAGAGAGAGAGAGAGAGAGAGACAGAGAAGACCAGAGAGAGAGAGAGAGAGAG